CGCAGCCGGCAUCCAGAAGAAGCGCGGGCGGAGGAGGUUGGUACGCGCUGGGUGCUGCAGACCUAUCCUGGUGGCCAUGGCAAGCGGCGCACGGCGACCACCGGAGUGGCUCAGCGGUGUCAGAUUCUUGAUCAAGUACUUACUCCAUGGAUCCAGGACAGGUUCAUCCCAUGGGCUGCUCUGAACAGGGUAUAGUCUGAUAGAAGAUUCCAUCGGCAAACCAUCUCUUGCCUUACGGAACCAGCAAAGAAGAUGGACCUACUGACGAACCAUGUGACUGUGUGCUUACCACCUUCUGUGCCCUUUUUAAUCCUAGUUUCCACUCUAGCAACUGCUAAGAGUUUGACCAACGGCACUUUAAAUGGCACUGACGAGGUCUUGGGCUCUGUGCCUGUAAUCAUUUUCAAAACUGACCAUAUCAUAGUCAAGGAGGGGAACAGUGCCUUGAUAGAAAGGAGUUUAUAUGGCUUUCCUGAUUCUCCUCAGUUUUCUUCAUUGAAUUGUCUUCCAUCCCUUCUGACAGAAAAAUGGCAAAUGCUGGAUGGCGGCCUUCUGAACAUCACCAAGGUGUCUUUCUCAGACAGAGGGAAAUACACAUGUGUGGCAUCUAACAUCUAUGGCACUGUAAACAACACGGUGACCCUAAGAGUCAUCUUUACCUCUGGAGACAUGGGUGUGUACUAUAUGGUUGUGUGCCUCGUGGCCUUCACCAUCGUCAUGGUCCUCAAUAUUACACGCCUGUGUAUGAUGAGCAGCCACCUGAAGAAGACCGAGAAAGCCAUCAAUGAGUUCUUUAGGACAGAAGGUGCUGAGAAGCUGCAGAAGGCAUUUGAGAUCGCUAAGCGCAUCCCCAUCAUCACCUCAGCCAAAACUCUAGAGCUUGCCAAAGUGACCCAGUUCAAAACCAUGGAGUUUGCCAGGUACAUCGAAGAGCUUGCCAGAAGCGUACCCCUGCCUCCCCUCAUUAUGAACUGCAGGACAAUCAUGGAGGAGAUCAUGGAAGUGGUUGGGCUGGAGGAGCAGGGGCAGAAUUUUGUGAGGCAUACCCCAGAAGGCCAGGAGGCCACAGAUAGGGAUGAGGUAUACACCAUCCCCAACUCUCUGAAGCGAAGUGAGUCCCCCACAGCCGACUCCGAUGCUUCGUCAUUGCAUGAACAGCCUCAGCAGAUUGCCAUCAAGGUUUCAGUUCACCCCCAGUCCAGAAAGGAUCAUGUAGAUGACCAAGAGGGUGGGCAGUUUGAGGUCAGAGAUGAAGAGGAGACGGAACCAUCAGAGGAACAUUCCCCAGAGACUGCAGAGCCUUCUACAGACAUCACGACCACAGAGCUGACUUCUGAAGAGGCAUCACCAGUAGAGGUACCAGAGCGAGGACUGCCACCAGCACACCUGGAAACGACAGAGCCAGCAAUGACAUGUGACAAAAACACCUGCAUUAUUUAUGAAAGCCAUGUCUAAUCUUAACUCCGAAAAGCUAUGCAUAUCAAGAAAAUCAGGGGCUGCUCCUUGUAAUACAAACGUAGUAUGCACUUACCGCUAAGCCUUACCAGGAGACUCUCAUCCCUUAGGUAGGAGUGAUGCCCCAUGAAAGGGAAGACACCUGCAUGGAGUUCAUGUGACUAGACUCACCCCAGUAGGAAAAGACAUAAGACGUGCUUGGGUACAGAACUGAUAAGAUGGGGCAGAGGUCUGUCCAUGUGAUCUGAAUUGAAGAGGCCAUUCUCUGCCAAAUCCCUUAAUUGGUGAUGCCCUUUUGGCCAAGAGUACACUACUGUCAGAUGUUCUGAGUUUAGGAGCCCUGUCUAAUGCAUACUGCAUUGCUUUUCUUUUGAAAAUUAUAAGUCUGCUACAGUAGCAAUUGCUCAUACAUGGGUUUGUUGCACUUUCUUCUCAGUUUUAAUUAUCUUCACAGUUCUUUUAUAAUGGAGUAGUUGCUAUUAUAUUAAUAUUAAUUGCUCUUUCUGCUGGAACCUUCUGUGUCACCUUUGUCCUUAUUUUUUUCUUAGUGUUUACCUCAGAGUCUUGGGUGUCAGUCACUGGCAUCUCUGAUAUCUAUGUUAUUUGGAAUGCCCCACAGUAGUUACUACACUCUUCUUUUCUUUUUCCUAGUUUUCUCUUUUUAAAAAAAAAAUACCCUCACACCUAUGUUCAUACACUUUCUGUUUCCAGUGAUGCUGCUAUUGUGAAACUGAGAAAAACUUAGCCCCCAAGUAGCACUUUAAACAGUCAAAUAAAAACGUUUACCUGUCCAAUUAGGUGAACUCAGCUUGAGGUAGGACCAAGAUUAUAAAUGCUGAAGUAGACCCACAGCACUCAAGAAAAUGGUUUACAUCAAAGUGCCCUCGCCCUCCAAAGCAUGACAGGUUCUUCACCUAGAGGACUUAUCGCUUCCAAAGACAGAGGCAUUUGGUGAAUUCCUGUAGGUACAGCAUGCCUGCUUCCCAGAAGGCCUUGCGGGGCUCACAGGGGCUCAGCUCAGCACUAAACUUAGGGCAGCCAUCUAGCAGCUCUGUAAAGAGCAUAACCAGAUCCCUUUUAGACUGCAUACUUAACUUGUUGAUCAUUGAAUGGGAGCUCGAAAAAUUAGGAUAAUGACACAGAGGAUUUUAUCCUGAAAUGAUUGAGUUCUUUGUCUGGCCAAAAUGCAAUAUGUAAGGCAGCUUGAUAUUAGAGAACAAAGACAAUCCAACCAUCCAUAGAUUUAAUUCUUGACUGUGCCAAUAAUCAGCUGCCAGGCUUUUUGCAAAUCUGGGCCUUGGUUUUCCUAUCUGUAAGAGAGGGCAACUGGCAUGAACUCUGACAGCUGUUCUUUGUCAAAGGCAUUACAUUCAGAGAAAGAACCCAACAGCAAAACUUUUUUUGCCCUUUUUCACAAUUGUUUUAAAGAUAUUGUAUGCUUUCGUCUCUGGGUUCCCAUGCCAUUUUAAUGUUUUUGUUUUGUUUUGUUUUGUUUUCCCACUUAAAAGAAUCACAGCAUUUUCAACAAAUUCUGGAAAUUUUCUCCUACAAAAAAUAAAUUAUGUGGCCCACUACUACUGUUUAGAUUUAACUUUGGUGAGAAUGAUGAGUUAUUUUAUUUUCAAAUACAAACAAAGGAGGCCGAAACCUUACAGGAUGUGUCAGAGUAGAGGCCAUAGCACACCAGAGGUUGCAUGGGACAUCACUCCAUCCCCCAUCAGAGAAAAUGACUUUGGAUGACCCCUUUCUUGCUGAGGUUUUGAUCUUUUUCAUUUGAGUGUGAAUCAAAUGGGUGGGUAAUGGUCAGCAGCCUAGAUGACUCCUCGAAGCUCACUUAGAAAUUUGUGGCAAGUCUUCAAACUGUAAUAACCCUUAAGCCAAUGGGAACAGCUAACGUGGUACAUACUUUACAGCAGGUGCAUCUGUAACUUUGAGGGUGGCAGGGUUGGCUGUACAAGUGACUGUGACAGGGUUAUAGACAAUUCUUAUGCAAAGCAAUAUGACAGGAGUUGGAGUUUGAUCGGAUUUCCCUUUAAGAGGAAUUCCUCAAUGGUCCCUAGUUGAAAAUUCUUGUGGGUCAUCUAAAGAAACUUGUAUCCUGUAGCCAUAAGGAUCCAAGGCUUCUUUGGGGACUCUCUGGAUGGGGACUUUAUACAGUCACAUUGAAGAAAAGUUUUAUUCCCAGCUCUUAGAAUAUACACAUUCCAUGACUGUCUUGGAGAUUGGCAAAUGCUUACUUUUCACACAUAUACCCAGAGGAACAACAGGGACUGACUAGUGGAUGUCUGUGAUGCUAUGUGAACUCUAUGCCUCUCAGUUCUCACUCCAUCCAAGCCCAUGUGCCGACUUCCCCAUGAAAAUCCCCCAUGAAAACCAGAGGGCAAAGUAUCCAUGCCGUAUAGAUACUGAUUAAGGAUAAUAAGCUAAAGUAGGCAGAUUUUUCUUUGAUGUAAGAGCUGAAAUACAUGACCAAAGAAUGUCUCCACAUUGAUUUUGAUUCUUUACACUGAAGUGGGAUAGAGAAUAAGUGGAUGAUUUUCAAACUUCCCUCUUUAAGGUAUCAAAUGUUCUCAGUAUAACAAUAUCCAACCUUAAAGGGAAUUUGGCUUGAUAUGGAAUUCAUCCACCCAGAAAUUCUAUGCUCCUCCACAGAACCUAACAAAAUGAGAACAGCCUCUUUACCAGAAUAUGAAAUGUGGAAGACCUCAUAACACUCAACUGAUAGUUUCCCCAAAAAGUGAAUGAAUCAUUCAGAUUCUUAGAAUCAUUCAUGGAGUCCCGUUGAUCACACAUGCCUACAGGCUCAUGCACAAUGGAUUCAUUUGGGCUGGCUUAAAAGCUCAACCCUCAAUCCCAACCUAUGUAUGUCCUUUGGGUCUUCUAUAGUCAUUCUUUAAAAAAUAAUUUCUGGUUUCAGAGUCAUCCUGGUCAUACUUCUAGCAGUUUCUUUUCUUGAAAUUCUGAACAUGAUUCACAUAAAUAUGCAUAUUUAAUUCUCUUAGAUGAUCUAUAAGCUUGGGUAGUAUUUAUUCUAAAUGGGAAAAAUACCCAAAAUUUUAUAUAGGAAAAAAUCUAUGUAAUUUAUAAUGUUUUGUUUUAUAUAUUUAUAUUUUCAUAUCUUUAGGGCACAUCUGUUGUUCUCAUCUUUUUGUACAUCACAGUUGGCAAAAAGAAAUGCUAAUACUUGACUAAAAUAUCUAGAAACCAAAUGUGAUAUAUGUGAUACAUAAUGUAUAUAACUUGCUCUAGAAAUUUCUGAAUGUUCUCACCCAUGCCAAGCCUUGUUGUGUCAUGUCAUUACGGCCCAAAUGUCUGGGGUGCUCACGAACAUUACUGUUUCACAAGGAAGACUGAAAGGGCUGAUAUCCCACAGGAUGGAUUUUGGAAUCUCUUUCCCUUCUUUAUCUUGUUUGUUUCUUCCUCAACUGGACACGCCCUUCUGAAGGUCAAAUGGGAAAUGGUGAGAAAGCAACUCGAAUGAAUCUCGUUAUGGCUGUGUAAACCACAUUAACAGACUGAGGACAUGCAUUAAAUCCCAUGCCUGGGUUGUCAUUCACUGGUGAGGUAGCAUCUGCUUAGCUCUCUUGCACACGAAGUGUAGGGCAUGAAGAGUGCUUGCAUGUUUUGAAUAGGCACAGUGGAUACUUAGUGCGGCCACUAUUGGUGACUAUGGGGACACCCAUCUGGCACUGGAAGAAAUGUUAUAGAUAAACAAGUCCAUUCUCUUUUCUUACAUGGUUUGAAGGGGAAUGUUUAAUUGUAUGUUAGAACCCUUAAAUGGCAGUCUCAGUGGUUAGCUUAACUGGGGGUUUCCAUGUUUUCCUUCAGUAAGAAGUGGAACAUUAAAGUCUAUUUCAAACACUAUUUUCUUAGCACGUUCAAUUGCUACCCUUCACAUGUCUUCACGCAUCCUCUUGGCAACCCCCCUAAGUUAUCCCAGUUUCUAUUGUUGCACCUUAAACACUUCCUGAAACUCUUUAAAUACCAACCAAACUUCACUAUAUAUUCACACACAUAGCUUUGAACAUCUGUUAAUGUUAAGAUAUCAAUUUUACAUUUCACCGAUAAAGCCUUCAAACCAAUAACAAAGUUCAUUUUCCUAAUGGCCUUCUAUGAUUUCUACAGAGAUUAACAGGUUUUGAUGAAACAAAUCAUUUGUGGGUAAAAUAAUCAAAUAGAACAGAAUUACUUGUAUUUUCCAAAAGACAAUGUUUGAUGAUUAUACAAGAAAAUCUCAUGUGAGAAGGAUGCUCUUUAAAUGACUGUUUUUUCUUAGAAAUGCAAAUGUAAAGGGGCCAACACUGGGAGUACUACAAUCAUUAAAAAUAGAUAGAAUAAAACCAGAAAGGAAGUCAUUCUAAGAACAUUAUGGAAUAAAUUUUAUUAUUUAACCAAUUACAAAAGCCUCAAAAUGUAUCUUUCUAAUAUUACAGAACCAUGACCAGUGAGUUGUUUCAGAGAAUGUAUUUGCAUCUAUUUUUGGUUUCCUGUACAUCACUAGUUCUAAACAUCCUUUGUUAGACUGGAAAUGAGAUGAAAAAAAUGUAUCAGGAAAAAAUACUCAAAUAAUUUAAAGACAUAAACAAAUGACUAAGGUAUACAUUGAUAUCACUGUAGUAAGAAGAAAACAUGAUGUGUGAUCCAUCCUGUAGUCUGAUUGUUGCUUUAAUAAAGGGUUUACACAGGUGUGCGGAUCUGAUCGUGUGUAAUGUCCCAUCUUGAGGGCACUUAAUUGUGGCCUGAGUCACUCCUUGCAUGUGAUAUGAAAUAUGUGCCCAAAAUCAUUUCCCCACUUUUUUUGUUUUGUUUUGCACCUACAGCAUUUCUUGGGAAAAGUGAAAAAUGAAUUAAUUUCUGUCCUAGUCCAAAGCCCUAUGCACUAUCUUGACAAACUUUACAGAACAGUUUAUCUAUAUUGAAUAAGUUUUAACCAUAACAUCAAGCAGAGAAUCCUUCUGGAGUUAAUUUUGGACUAGGAAAUUCAAAUAUAGCCCAGGGAGAAUGCAUCAUAGCAGAAAUUCUUCCAGUCACCUGGACAACAGGAAACCCGGGGUAACUCCAAAGACUCAUUGAGUAGGUUCUUCAGUGAUCAAGUAACCUGCAUCCUUUUUGUGGAGAUGUGGGGUGAGUAAGAAAGGAGACUAAAAAAUUAUUACUUGAAUAACAAAAAACAUUUAAGAGAUUUAUGUUGGUGUUAAUGAGUGUAUUGACAGUUGCAUCGUGACAGUAAAUAAAAGUUUGUCCUGUAAGUUUAAGCUGAUUUGUAUCUUAAACACCCAAGCCAGUACCAUAAUUUUUUUUCAGGUUCUAGAAUGCUGUGGUCUUCAAGAGGCUAGGUCACGUUCAGUGUGUGUGAGUGACAUUCUAAGAAGCACGGGGUAAUAGGCUUGGAAAGCAAGUAUAAGGUUAUCUGUUAUAGUCUUCCCUGUGAUGUCACUGACAAGUAGUUCAGCUCCUCUUGGAAUUGCAAGGGCAGAACUCUUUACCCCAGGAAGUAAAUUCUGUUCAACAUCUGUGGGGCAUCAGGUCUCCAGAGUUAUUACAGAGUAGAGCACGAUGUUUUCAAGGAAUUACUAGAAUCAACUUGAAAAAAGUAUGUAUUAUAUACGUUAUAUCAAGAUACUUCUAAAACAGCCAACAGUGGAAAUCACCAAAGUUAAAAUAAUGUUCCUUAGCUAAUGACAAAUAGGAAAUAAAAUUAAAUUUAAAAUGAGGUUUAAUAUGGUAAUAUGACUUUCUCAAAAACUAAGUCUCACUAAAUUUAUCAUUAUUCAUGUGUUUCCUACUUCUUGCCGAAUAUUAAUUGCACAGGUGAAUUACUUUACUGAGUCCUUGAAACUAACUAAAUGUUGGGUCCCCAGGAAAGUGGAACCAAUGGCUAACUCAGGUGCCUAAUAGCAUAUCAAAGCAGAUGCUGGUUAUCAGGUUCUCCCAGCAUUUCAAGUACCUAUUACAGUGGCUCCUCUCAGCACUUGUCACUGCCCCCAGCCCCUACCCUAAACCUCUCUGGGCCCCUGUACUUCAAUACCCUUCCCCCAGUUUCUCCUUCCUAUAUAACUCAGCCAUUUUGGUCCUCUCUUCAUCCAUUUGCCCUCUCUCUUCUUACCUCUCCUCUCUUCCUCUCUUGCCUUCUCCCUUCUCUCUCAUCUCAUGACCCAAGUCUAUUCUGCUGAUCAUGUUUACUCUAGACUUUUCCAGAUACCUCUGGAGUGGUCACGUCCUCAUUUCAUUCACUAAAUAGAAUGGUUUUUCUUGUAGUUGACUAGGGUUUUAAAAUUCACAAUAAAACAGGACACCUAGUGAAUCAAACAAGUCACAUGAAUAUAGACCUCUAGCGAAAUUAGGAGCCUUUUUCUUGUUCCUUGUAAAUCCUGUGUAAGAGCCAAAGUCAACCUGUAAGCCCCACUCCCCCAAGGACAAGGCAACUUCCUAGAAUGCUGGGAGUUGUAGUUCUUGGGAAAUAAAAAUUUAUUUCCCACAUGUUUUCACUCCCCUAAACAAGUUUGUUUGACCCAACAACACCAGAUGUACUUGACCACAUGAAGGCAAGAAGGUAUAUAGGCAGGAAAUAUGUCAAGAUGUAUGCUUGAAGCUGAUGGGAAAUGCAAUGAAUUGUAAGUUUUGCCUUUUAAAGCCCCUACAAAAUGUGACUGGAGCCACUCCCAGGGGUCUCAUAAAAUGGACCUGACCAGAGUCCAUCCUGGUCAGCAUUUAAUUAAAGUUUGCUUCAAAUUUGUCUCAAAAUUGUGGAACUGGUUUGUCUCUCUCAAAUCUCAGGAUUAACAGCUGUAUAGCAUGCUCUUGGAAUUGCUCAUGAUUGAUACAAAGCUCUUCCACACUACAGACAUUUAAAUGGAUCACUAUCUCUAUAUUUAAAUCUGAAUGGUAAGAAGUUGAUGCCACCAACUUCUAACGUGGACAAGUAA